CCAGGCAAAAACAGACCACAUACAUAAUCCAAAACAUCUGACCGAAUCGUAUCGUGGAUCCCCCAAGUUGGAGCCCCCCCUCGCCCGCAGUCCCCAAUCGAUUCGCGCUUCCACACGCCGCGCACGCUUAGAUCACUUUCUUGGGCAUAAACUGCUUUUUUUGUGGGCCCGUCUGUCCAAGCUCAGUCCUUGUUAGCUUCGACUCCGUUCUCGUCGCCCUUUGUCGGUCGGAACGACACACUUUGAUCAACAUCCACUUUCCAAACCCCCAUCGCAACAUCACAACCGCCACCAUGUCCGAGCAAGUCGAUCUCACCACCAUUCCUAUCAGCCCCGAGGGCGGCAACACCAACGGCGACGCCGCCGCCGCCAAGGACGACAAGACCGUCACCGUCUUCCACGACAAGGAGCACUUCAAUGUCAAGCACCCUCUCUCCAACCGCUGGACCCUUUGGUUCACCAAGCCCUCAAGCGGAAAGGGCGACAACUGGAAUGACCUUCUGAAGGAGGUUAUCACCUUUGAGACGGUCGAGGAGUUCUGGGGUGUAUAUAACAACAUCGCCCCGGUAUCAGAGCUCGCUCUCAAGUCCGAUUACCAUCUCUUCAAGGAGGGCGUGCGCCCCGAGUGGGAGGAUCCCCAGAACAAGCACGGUGGCAAGUGGUCUUACCAGUUCAAGGAGAAGCGCAAUGUCAACAUUGACGAGAUCUGGCUGCAUACUAUGCUUGCUGCGAUCGGCGAGACUCUCGAGGACGAGGAGGACGGUGAGGUCAUGGGCGUUGUCGUCAACGUCCGCAAGGCCUUCUUCCGUGUUGGUGUCUGGACCCGCACUAUCGGCAAGCACAUUCCCGGCCGCGGCGACGGAGAUAUUUCUGGCGGCAAGGGCAGGUCCCCCGAGAAGGGCAAGGAGAUCCUGAUGGCUAUCGGCCGCCGCUUCAAGGAGGUCCUCCAGCUCCCGCCCAACGAGGCUCUCGAGUUCUCCGGCCACACGGAAUCCGCUCACAGCGGCAGCUCUCGCGCUCGUGCCAAGAUGACCGUCUAAAUGCGGUCUCUAAUUUUGGCCAUGUCAUUGACAAGCUAAAGUCAAGCCCGGCUUUAGCAGGCAGCUUCGUUCUUAUGCAUACAACGGGCCGCUUAUAAUAUCUACGACGUUCGAAAAGGACGACAUGCGGUCUCGGCGGCGGCAUACACGCAGACGACAACGCAUAGAAAUAUGGGAUAUCUCGUUGACGAAAAAGCUACCCGCUUCAUUACUUGGUGGAGGAAUACGGGAGUCUGGAAGGGGGGAAUCU